CGAGCGAACUUCGUACCUGCUGUUGGGCCAACCCAAUCGGAACAAAAGUGAUAUAUUGACAGCACAACCUGUACAAAAGGAAUAGUGAUGCGAGAUACAAAAUACGAGCAUUUUCCUCAACUCUACAGAAUAAGGUUCCUCAACUGCCGAGGCCCAAAGCCGGGACUAUAAAGGGCAGAGCCUGGACCUCCUCAGGCUCUUAGCAGACAAGCCAUGGAUGGGACUGGGGCCACACAACCGCUGGGAUAGACCGCCCCACAUCGAGUCUGAGCUGGCUAAUGGCUACGACCCUCGCAUACACCCGCACAUCAAUCUGGAUAGCCAGCCGCAUGCCAUGGAUAGCGAUGAAGACAACUCCAACUAUGUGGACGAUGAUUUAAGGUUGAACUCGGAGAAGCGGUCGGCGGUGGCGACAGCUCUGAACUCGGGCCGGCGGAGACGGCAGCCGACGCCGGCGCUCGGUAAGGCCGUCACGCCGUAUGUCGGCGUCGGUGUUCUCAACGACGUGGGCUCUUUCUUCGACUCCCUGCGCGACAACUUAGAGGCGCUGGCUUCACUGUCUCCCCAGCAGAGGUCCAACCUGUUUCAAGACCCGCCUAAUGUUGUACAUGCUCCUUCCUCCAAUCGUUCGUGGAGGCGGACGGGACUUAUCCCGGGGCGAACCACCACGAUCCGGGCCUGCUGUGGACCGGCCUGGGGCGGUAGACGAGCCGGGCGCACCCCCUCGCGACUAAUCGCAAGCGACCAGUCGCACCACUACGCCAAACGCCCCACGCAGCACUUCGAGCCCGAGGCCGGCGUCAGACCACCACAAGUCAACAUUCGCAACGCAGACCUGAAAAAGUAUAUUAGCAUUUACGACGUCGAAUCCCUACCGCAUCUCAUGUUAGCGUUACAAGAAUUUUGUUAGUGGUACAACCGAUUGUUUAAACUCCCGGUACUGGCGAUGAGAUUGAUUAAAUAAAACUUUUGACUCAACAUUUUAUUUUCUUCCAUUAUUAUAACAAAGAAACUUGCCCUGCUACCAAUUCGGUGUAGAACAUCAUAAGCAAUGUAGAGCCUUUGAGUUUGAAUGUUUAAUUAUGCGUGAAAGAUAACCUUUCAUCUCCACCUUUCAGGUAAUAAAACUCUACGUAAAAAACAAAGGCUCUUUAUAUAACAUCACAAUUUAAUUGACUCAUGGUCAGUACUUACCUGAGAAGUACCUAGUAGAUAAUAAACGUAUAUGUUUUUAAAAUACUUACAUAGAUAAAAGCUAUAUGAUUAUGGUUGUAGUCAAAUUAAUAUCAACGGCAAGAAAGGCUAUUAUUAAAUACAAAAAAAAUUAACAAAUAAAUUCGAUAAGAUUGAAAUCGUAAAAUAAAAUAAAAAAUAAUUACUUUAAUUAAAAUUAUAUUGGAGGAAAUAAAGACAUAAAACUAAUUAUAUUAAGCAGACUUCAGAUCAAUGACUAACAUUAUUUUUACACCACACUUCUAUGGUUUACUCUAUAAUACAAAUAAUCAGUACUUUUUCGUAUAAUGAAAACCUAAGUAUUAAUAUUACCAAUUCGUACUUAUUAACUUUGCAUUCCUGUCUGAUUUUUAUAGAUAGAUAAUGAAUUAACUUUAUAAUAAUCAUGUACAUACACGCAAACUGUUUAAUCGGUAAGUCAUUUCAAUUGUUAUGCGAGUGUAUUCAUUAAUGAUUCUGUAAUAUUGUCGUUUGAAUGUAUCUAGCCUAAGUGUCUUUAAUUAAUAAUCGCAAAUAUUUGUGGAAGUAAUGAUACAUAUUACAA